ACUCAUGCCAGACCAUGACUGCUAUAAGAAAGCUCAGCAUUCAUAAACUGCUGACAAAAACAAGAUCUUCUGAUUACAAAGAAAAAUCAUAUACUGAAACGGCAAACUUGUCUCGGAAAAUCAGUAUAGUUCACUUGAAGACUGACACAAGCAGUGAUCAAAAUUGUUUUCCUUCAAGUCCUUUUUCAAAUAAUGCUGGAAUUCACGAUGCAUCUUCACAUGAAAAUGUGGUUUCUAAAAAACUGGACAGCACCCCUGUUAAUUGGGAGCCAACAGAAUGUGAUCGUGUGAAUAUCCUACAGACGUCAAUGAGUAACUCAUCUCAAAAGUCUUCUGGUCAUGGCGUUAGCCCCCAUGCAACAUGGAGGGACGAUGAUUCUUAUGCAUCGACUCCACAAUCGAGCUACCAAAGCCAUGAAACUAAAGUAAAGGAGGAGGGUUUCUAUGCAAUGUAUUCUGAUGAUGAUGAUGAUGAUGACGAUGACAAUUUUUACAAUUUUUUUAAUGAGCCACCAGGUCUGAGAGAAUCUGAAGAAAAUCCGACAAAUGGAGCUUCAUCUACUCCAUGGUUUUCUAAUCCCACAGGUAAUAAUAGGCAGGCUCCAGUGGUGUCUGAUGGAUAUUCUUCAGCUGCUACAGGCUUCAGAGCACCUGUUGAUGUAGUUCAACAUAUUCCACAAUUUGAAGAUCAUGCAGAGGGCCUCUCCAAUACCAUCCACCCAGCAGUUGCUGAACUCAUUGACACAGAAGAAUCUUACUUCCGAUCCCUGCAGUUUAUUAUCUCUUACAUUAAAGAUAAAUUGAAGGGGGUACCAGAGGUGGACGUCCACAGCCUUUUCUCAAACAUUGAAGAGAUUUUUCAGAUGACUAGAUCCUUCUCAACAGAGUUAAAUCAAACCAAGAAUGAUGAAAAGAACCAGCUUGUUAAUAUUGGAAUCCUUUUUCAAGAAUACUGUAAUGACAUGGAAAAUGUUUACUCACGGUAUUGCUGUGGAUAUCAGAGAGCCCUGACGCUGCUGGACCAGUACAAAGAGACACAUAUAUUUGAAAGUAUUCAAGAGGCUCUGGCCACUGAAUCAUCAUCUUCAUGCCACUACACUGACAUCACAUUCUACCUAGUAAAACCUAUGCAGCGUGUCACCAAGUACCCCUUAUUAGUGCAGAGGAUACUGGAAAUCAAGUCACUCAGUAAAGAAGCAAAGGAUGCAAUGGAGGGAGCAUUGCAAGCUGUGAUGCAAAUGAACACUAACAUUAAUGAGAACAAGAGACGCAAGGAAGUUGCCAGCAAGUAUGUCCAGGAGGACCAACGCACUCUGCUGGAGAAAGUAUACCAGAUAAAUCCACACACUCUGUCUAAGAAGAAGUCACGUUUAAGCCAGUUGUUAAAGCAUCAAGCUGGCAUAGUACCCAAGAAAGAAGACAAAGAAUAUGACUGUUUGGCCAAAAACUUCCAGUGUCUUGCGUCUGUGGUUUCCCAGCUACACCAAAAUGUCCUGAAUCAUAUAAAUAUUUUGGAGGAAUUGCUUACUAGACAGCCUGACAUAUCUUGUAUGGAGGAAGAAGCCGUAUCAACCCAGUACAAGCCUGACUUUACAAUGGAAUUGUACCAGAACAUCUACCUAGAGUUUAAGAGAAGGCUUCAACUCCUGGUUCUUCAACCACUUACCAGUCUAUCGGAAUCCUUAAAAGGUCCUAAGAACUUAAUCCGGAAGCGCAUGGAUAAAUUGCUGGAUUGUGAAAAUCUUGAAGAGAAGUAUAGUGAAACCGGCAAAAUGACCCUAGAAGAAGAGGAAAUCAUCAAAAAUUAUAAAGCGAUCCAUACACUGCUGCUGUCUGAACUGCCUCUGUGCAUCUCUUUGUCCAUGCAGUUGCUUCGUGGAUUGCUAUUCACCUACAUUGAACUAAACCACGAAAUGACCUUGCAAGGACUUAAUGCAGCGCAAGCAGAGGCUUCACAGCUGGAGCACAGAAUACUUCAGGGAGCUGAAUUCAUGAAAUGGGUAGAUGACUCUAUCAGACAAUCCAGUUCUCAACUGAAAGAGUUUGAAAAGAAAUUUGUUGAGCAAAUGCCAGCUCCACCUGUACAAGAUCAGAGUCCUGCCCAAGAUCAUCAAGUUCAAAUGCUAUUAAAGCACUAUGGAACAGAUAAGAUCUAUCAAGUGAUGCAAGCUGCCACGGGCAGUAAGAAUUUGGACCUCACUUUGAAGCGUGGUGAUUUUGUAGCUGUACUGCAAUACUCUGACACCAAGGGGAGCAAAACCAGGUGGCUGGUGGACACUGGAGGCUCAAGAGGAUACGUACAAAGCUCCAAACUCCAGCCUUAUCAGGGAAGCCCAUCUCGGAAGAACUCCCUCGAUUCUCUAUCUCCUUUAAAUAACUAUAGGGAGACCAGGAGGCACUCAUCAACAGCCCAAGAGUGCCCUGACAGUAUAUACUCAGAAAUCCCAAUUUAUACACCGUUCCAGGAUGUUGCUCUGUAUGCAUUCAAUGCACGAAGCAGCUACGAAGUCAGUCUAAAACAGGGCGAACCAGUAGUUAUUCUGGAGCCACAUGACAAGAAGGGAAGUCCAGAAUGGAGUCUAGUGGAGGUUGGCGGUCAAAAAGGCUAUGUACCUUCUAACCAUCUGGGGAAAGUUCAAAUGCCGAACAGCGCCAGUGCUGCAUCAAUAUACAGAUGACUGAAAUUCCAAUAAUCAGAAUCUUGUUCAGAAACUUAUGUGGUGAUGAGGAUUGACAUGCAUAUCCUAGAAUGCCAUGAAUAUUGGAAACAUACGUUGAUUACCUGACUGGUAAAUCUAUAGAAGUUCAUGUGUGGAUAUCGAUGGGGAGAAACAAGACUUACUUUAUGUGCACAAUUCCCACUGUUCUUCAACUAAUGAUGUUCAAAAUCAUGAAUCUAUGCAAAUACUGCGAUUCAGCUAUGAAAAAGAGAUGGCCAUGUCAACAAGUACAUUAUGAAAGUAA